CGCAACGUGCUCGCGCUUGUUCCAGUGACAAGAUCCCGCAGCGGCAGCGCCUUCUUCGCGACGGGCCGAGAUGGCGCUUGCCGGUCUUGGGCUCCGGAGGGCGGCGGUCUCCACCCUUCGGCUCAGUCUCACUACGGGGUCUCCAUCCCGCAGGCGCGCGGCGCAUUUCACUUUCCAGCCGGACCCGGAGCCCACCCAGUAUGGCCAGACACAAAAAAUGAACCUUUUCCAGUCUAUAACAAGUGCCUUGGAUAAUGCCUUAUCCAGAGAUCCAACUGCAGUAAUAUUUGGUGAAGAUGUAUCUUUUGGUGGAGUUUUCAGAUGCACCGUUGGCUUGAGAGACAAAUUUGGUAAAGACAGAGUGUUCAAUACUCCAUUAUGUGAACAAGGAAUUGUGGGAUUUGGCAUUGGAAUUGCAGUCACUGGUGCUACAGCUAUUGCAGAAAUCCAGUUUGCUGACUAUAUUUAUCCUGCCUUUGAUCAGAUUGUUAACGAGGCAGCAAAGUAUCGAUACCGUUCUGGAGAUCUCUUUAACUGUGGAAGCCUCACAAUAAGAGCGCCAUGGGGAUGUGUGGGUCAUGGCGCAUUAUAUCACUCUCAGUCCCCAGAAGCCUUUUUUGCGCAUUGUCCAGGACUGAAGGUGGUUGUUCCAAGAGGACCUAUUGAAGCCAAAGGACUGCUGUUGUCAUGUAUAGAAGAUAAAAACCCUUGCAUAUUCUUUGAACCGAAAAUAAUGUACAGAGCAGCAGUGGAACAAGUCCCUGUGGAUCCUUACUGCAUUCCUUUGUCUCAAGCAGAAGUGCUUCAGGAUGGAAGUGAUGUAACUUUGGUGGCUUGGGGUACUCAGGUUCAUGUUAUAAAAGAGGUAGCAGUUAUGGCACAAGAAAAACUAGGAGUGUCCUGUGAAAUAAUUGAUUUGAAGACGAUUUUGCCUUGGGAUGUGGAGACUGUGUGCAAAUCAGUAGCAAAGACUGGACGAUUGCUCAUCACUCAUGAAGCCCCUGUAACUGGAGGUUUUGCAUCUGAAAUUAGCUCCACAGUGCAGGAGGAAUGUUUCUUGAAUCUAGAAGCUCCUAUUACAAGAGUGUGUGGUUAUGACACUCCAUUUCCUCACAUCUUUGAACCAUUCUAUAUCCCAGACAAAUGGAAGUGCUAUGAUGCAGUUCGAAAAAUGAUUAAUUAUUGAUGCUCAGGUGAGAAGAACAGGAAGAAAAUUCAGCUGCCAUCUACAAAAUGAUUAGGAUUAAACUUGGGCUUAUUUUGUUUUAUCUUUAUUGGAAAUAACCAUAGAAGAUUCUUUUCUGGAUACUCAACCUGACUAGUCAUCAAGCCAAAAUUCUACCAGGUGUGGAGUUUAAUAUGGGCAUGUGAUCGUUGUAAAAUACUUCUUGUGAUUCUUUCCCAAUUUUGCACGUGAGACUGCUAACAUGUUUUGUCAUGCAAAUCAAGGCUCAGGUUGAACUUAAUAAAUUGUAAUGAAGAGACCUGUGGUCUACCUUUUUGCCUUAAUUGACAAAUGUAUGUUACAGAUUUUACAGUAGACUUGCUAUGUAUACAGUAUAUUGACCCUAAAUGCAGUAGAUCGUAUAUGUCAUCAUUGGGUAUUGUAUUCAUGCAGGUUAUUUGGGGUCCUCCAAAACCACUUGGAAACUUUGGAGGAUUCUCCAGUAUACUGUAGAUUAACAAGUACACAACAGGUGCCUGGAUAAGGAGAGUAAGACAAAUUCUUACAUGUGAGCAGAGGUUGGCUAGCUUGAGGCUAGAUUUAGUCUUCUGUCCCAAUUAUGUGAUCAUUUCCUUGGCUUGUCAUUAAAAAAAAAAAACAUCCUUAAUUUGGGCUAAUUUGAUCCCUGUUAUAAGAAAUAUGAUAGUUCUCCAGUACAUUUUUUGACUGAAGAUUUAAGUGUCGGGUGGCUAUUUUAAUUAAGAACAAUAAGAAAUUAUAAAUUUAAUAGACAUACAUGGAAAUAUUUGAAGCAUUUACCCAACUCUCCAUCACUGAAUGCAGACAGUUGGCGCCUGUUAUAUUUUGUUGCUGCGUGAAAAUUAAACUGAUUGAUUAGAUUUGGUCUGGAGGCUCCACCAAAAAUUUGGAAAGCAGUCAGGUCAAACCACUUCAGAGGCCACCUCAUUUGAUUUGGUUUGAAACUAGCAGUCUAAGACUUUUUCCUUCUCUGUUGAUUAUCAUCAUGAAAUUAAGAAAUGGUGAUAGAUUAUUAAACUUUUUGACAGAAUGGAAUGAAAUCUGCAUGCAUAGUAACCCUUCUCAGCAGAGGAAGCAUUUGACAUUUCAGACACACAGAUCACUCAUAGGGGGAGACACAUCCAUCUUCUCUUCCUUUUGUGCAGUUCAUAUGAAAGCUAAAUGAUGAUCAGAGAUUAUCAUUCUGCCCCUAGAAACCUGUAAAUAUAAUUAUAUAAACACUUCUCUAUGUAAGUAAUAUAUACCCAAUUUCAGAAAGAAAUCUAUAGUGGGUAGGUAAUUUUUGUAAAUUAAAUAAAGAUUGUGUUAUUUAAUAAGUAUUUAAUAAUAAUUCCUAGUUGUGUUAUUUAUACAACAUGGGAUGAGGUGGUGGGAUAGACAAUCAGGACAUUCUAGAGGUUGAUGACCUAGGACUUGCAGCAUCCUUAGGAAUUGGGGCCAAUAGUGACAGAUACUGAAAGUGGACAUUCAACAUUUGGAAUGGCACAAAUUACUGUUCCUAAUCUGGAAUAGAAUAUUGAUAUCAAACUGAAAUGGAAUCUCUAACUAGAACUAAAAUAGCGUGGAGCAAAAAAGUGGGAAUGGAGAGUAACAUUUCUGAAGUAGAACUACUAGCAAACAAUAUUUAACAAAUAUAGACUGAAAGAAAAGCUAAAUAAAUAAACUGAGAAUAGGAUUUUAGGAAAAUUGAAAAGCAAGAAUUGGAAGAAAGGGUUGGAUGGAAAAGAAGGAAACUAUCUUAGAAAGACAUGAGGAAGGUAACACAAGGCAGAACUGAUGGCCACUGUAAUCCUUUUUAAAUACUUUGCAGGAGAGAUUGAGUCAGGACAAGCUAGCAUCAUCAUGACAUCCCUUAUACAGCAAUUCCCUGCAAUUAGUAGCUAGACCUGUCAUGCAUAAAACUAUAACACAUAAUUUCUUUUAUCUUUCCUCAUUUCAGUAUUUUUCUUACAUAGAAAACCUGAGGAGACAUUUUUGCAUUUUUCCAGACAUAAUGUCAGUGUCUCCUUUUCCAAACUGGUUGUAAAUUUUGACAAGACCUGAAUGUGCUCUACAGCAGUUCAGAGUACUCUUUUAUUACUUGAUAAGAAUCUUGAAUCUAUCCAGGACAGCCCAGUUUGACACACACCAAAAAUGUAAAUUCUAAAUUAAUGGAUUCUAGCCAAUUCAGAUGUUAACACGGCAAUGUAGGCAUGUACUUGUGAGAACAUAUACAACUAGAUAAUAUGUGUGAAAGUAUAGGUCUUUCAAAUUUGUAAAAUGGGAACCAUGACCUUUUUUUGGAGAUUUGAAACUUGCAAUAUAUGCAGUGUAGUUUUUAUGGAAUUCAAAAAGCAAUAAAGAGUUGGGUUCAUUAGGUUGAAAGCAGAUGCAUUAGUAGAAUAAUGGCAGUUUUGAUCCAGUUAGUUACCAAGUGAAAAAGUUCUUCGCUAGAUCUUGGCUGAAAUAAUAUAUUUCAGGACUUUUCUGAAUUUUUUGAAAAAAAAAUUACAUUACUAUUCUUUUCUAACUAGAGUAACCAUCAGAGAGAUUAUGUGCAGCUAUUUUUCAUUUGAAGAUAUUCAAGUGGCUUAUAUUAGGAUAAUGCUAAACAGCAACAAAGAUAAGGCCAGCAAUUUUAAAAUAAAGAAUGAUUAGGGUCGCUAGCAAAAUAAAUAGAAAGUUGGGGUGAAUAAGUUUUCUAUUUUUAACAAAGCAUUCCAGUGGGGGAGCUCCCCUAAUCUCCAGAUGAGGAUUGUUCCACAAUGUUUCAACACCGUUACAGAAAAUACCACCUCCAUACUACAGCUGAGUUUAUACACAUAAGCUGUGAUAAAGUCAACACAGUAUUGUAUCCCAAGAGCAAAGAUACCUAUAUAAAAGUAAGCAGUGGAAUAUGCGGACAAGCUCUAAUUUGAAUCAGCGUAGAAAAUUGUGAUAAUUUUAAUUCAAUGUUUUGGGAAGUGAUCAGUUUGGCCUAAAUUGCCUUGAGACUGAAUCUCUGAAUCAAAUCUUUGCACAGCACUAGUAGGUUAUUCCUUAGAAAUGAAACAGUGUUACAUUGUACUCUUGAAAUUACUAUUGGACAGCUUAUGGGAUAAAUUUUAAAUACAAGGAAUUUAAAAAGUAUUUUUAAAAAUCCAAUUUCUCUUAAGGAAUAAGUUUGAAUAUGUUUAAUAAACAAUGUUAUCUUUAAAUUAUGUAAAUAUGUCUUGAAAUAUGUUUAAUAAACAAUGUUAUCUUUAAAUUAUGUAAAAGUAUCUUGAAAUACAUCUGUGAAGUUAAUUCAUUAUGAUUUCAUUUUGAUUGCAAUGCAAAGAGUUACCUUGUACAAUAAUUCUAAUUACCAUGUACAAUAAAUUAAUUACCUUGUACACUAAAUAACUCUAGAGAACAAUUCAAAUUUUUCUGCACAGAUUUAUCUCUACUCUCUAAAACAUUGAAUUUACUACUACUGUUUCUGCUUAAAGUACAUACAUUUCUAUAUUUUAAUGCAUUUAUAAUGACAAGAAUGAAUGCAUUACUUUGAUUAUUGCAACUUAUUCACAGAAUGAGUGCUGCUCUCAAAAUAUUGUCUAGAUGGCACUGUACACCUAUUCAACCUGUAUUUAUGGAUAAAUGCCUUUGCUGUGCAGGAUACAUGUCUUGUGAGUUUAUUGUGCAAAAAGAGAGAUUGUGGAUGUAAAAAUGAUACAUUGCUCGCCAGGAGAUGUGAAAGCACAAGCAAAACAUAGUUUAAUAUUGCAUUUCUUUAAAAUAAAAGUUACCAACUUUUUGAUAUAACUAUACUGAAGAACAAAUAAUAAUUUUAACAUUCCGUGUUAAAAUAAAGGCUAGCAAUCAUUAUAGUUUGUAUGUUUUCAUUUGAUAAAGUGUUAUAAGUUUGUUAUUUGGAA